CGCACAUCCGGUGCGGCGGCGACAGCGCGCCCCCGGCGGCUGCGGCGGCGGGAGCGAGGCGACCGGUGGGACCGAGGCGAGUGACGGCGGCCCGGCCGACGGGAGCCGGGGCGGGGCGGCGGCGGCCCAGCGAAGGAGCGCGCGGGCGGCCUGGCCCCGCCCCCGCCCCGCCCGCCCGCCCGGUGACCUUCAGGGGCUCGGGUGGCGGCCGCAGGCCCCUGCGGCGGCGGCGGCGGCGCGAUGUUCGUGCAGGAGGAGAAGAUCUUCGCGGGCAAGGUGCUGCGGCUGCACAUCUGCGCGGCCGACGGCGCCGAGUGGCAGGAGGAGGCCACCGAGGACACGUCGGUGGAGAAGCUCAAGGAGCGCUGCCUGAAGCACUGUGCGCAUGGGAGCUUAGAAGAUCCCAAAAGUGUAACCCAUCAUAAAUUAAUCCACGCUGCCUCAGAGAGGGUGCUGAGUGAUGACAGGACCAUCCUGGAGGAGAACAUCCAGGACCGAGAUGUCCUGUUAUUGAUAAAAAAGCGUGCUCCAGCACCACUUCCCAAGAUGGCUGAUGUCACAGCAGAAGAAAAGGAAACCGUGAAGCGUGUUGCUUGCUGGCUGCCCAGAAGCCCAUGCUUUGGAAAGCUCCCUGAGCAGAGGAAGACGUGUCCUAAAAAACAAGACCAGAAAGCUCCAGAUAAAGAUGCCAUCCUCCGGGCCACUGCCAACCUGCCCUCCCACAACAUGGACCGAGCCGUGGUCCAGACCAACAUGAGAGAUUUCCAGACAGAACUCCGGAAGAUACUGGUGUCUCUCAUCGACGUGGCGCAGAAGCUGUUAGCGCUGAACCCGGAUGCGGUGGAAUUGUUUAAGAAGGCGAAUGCGAUGCUGGACGAGGAUGAGGAUGAGCGUGUGGACGAGGCCGCCCUGCGGCAGCUCACGGAGAUGGGCUUUCCCGAGACCAGAGCCACCAAGGCCCUUCAGCUGAACCACAUGUCGGUGCCUCAGGCCAUGGAGUGGCUCAUCGAACAUGCAGAAGACCCGACCAUAGACACGCCUCUUCCAGGCCAAGCCCCCUCAGGGGCCGAGGGGGCCGCAGCAGCCAGCUCCGAGGCCGCCGCAGGAGCCAGCAGCACUGACGAGGAGGCCAGAGAUGAGCUCACGGAAAUCUUCAAGAAGAUCCGGAGGAAAAGGGAGUUUCGGGCCGAUGCUCGGGCCGUCAUUUCCCUGAUGGAGAUGGGGUUCGACGAGAAGGAGGUGAUAGAUGCCCUCAGAGUGAACAACAACCAGCAGAACGCUGCGUGCGAGUGGCUGCUGGGGGACCGGAAGCCCUCCCCGGAGGAGCUGGACAAGGGCAUCGACCCCGACAGUCCUCUCUUUCAGGCCAUCCUGGAUAACCCAGUGGUGCAGCUGGGCCUGACCAACCCGAAAACAUUGCUAGCGUUUGAGGACAUGCUGGAGAACCCGCUGAACAGCACCCAGUGGAUGAACGAUCCAGAAACGGGUCCUGUCAUGCUGCAGAUCUCUAGAAUCUUCCAGACACUAAAUCGCACGUAGGUGGCGCUGCUCCGCUCGGCUGUCCGGCCACAGCAGCCCCCAGCGCAGCCCAGGGCAGAGCGGACGUCACCUGGAAACUCACUUCAGCUCCUCGGCCCUGGACCGUUGGUGGCGCCGCGGCUGCUCCUGCACUCUGAUCUGAUUGCUUAUAAACUCUGGUGACGGUAGUCUGUAAGGCCGUAUUUUUAGCAUCUGACAGGUGUUUACAAAAAAGUACUUUUGGCACUAGGAAGUGGAGUGAUGGCUUCCUCCCGUGCUCCUCUGGGCUCUUGAGUUGCUACUUGAACUGCCACCAGACGUUUGCUUAGAGAGUCCAUGUGUUAUUUGUUAUUUGACGGAGGCAGGUUUCAACCCAGAGUGUUAAUGUCAGGCAUGCUAAUUUAACUAGUCACUCACAGAUGACUUUUCUUUAAUAAAUAAAGUCCCUUUUCCUAUU